AUGUCGGACAUGACAGUCUACGUCGGCAACUUGCCAUCGGAUGUUCGUGAAAAAGAAAUAGAAGAUAUCUUUCACAAGUAUGGAGAAAUCCGGAACAUCGAUAUCAAGUCUCGGUCAAGAGAUUCGCCUGCAUUUGCGUUUAUCCAAUUCGAUGAUCGCCGCGAUGCGAAAGAAGCCGUCCGUGCCCGUGACGGGUAUGAGUUUGAUGGAAAACGUCUUCGUGUCGAGUUCCCACGUGGCCAGGGUCCUCGUGGUCCAGGUGGUAGGCCUACCAGAGACAAUGGAUCCCGUUUUGGACGAAAUGGUGGUCCUCCGAAACGUAGCAACUACCGUCUGAUUGUCGAAGGUCUUCCAAGAAGUGGAUCGUGGCAAGACAUCAAGGAUCACUUGAAGCAAGCCGGCGAGAUUUGCUAUGCCAAUGUGCACAAUGGAGAGGGUGUUGUAGAGUUUGAGAGAUAUGAGGACCUGGAGUACGCCAUCCGCAAGUAUGAUGAUACCAAAUUCAGAUCUCAUAAGGGAGAAACCGCUUACAUUCGUCUGAAAGAAGACAAAUCGGAGUAUGCCAAAGAAAACAAACGUCGCACUCGCUCGAUCUCUCGCUCCAAGUCUCCAAAUCGUGGUCGUUGCUCUCGCUCGUCAUCCCGCUCCAAGUCUUCAAUACGUGGACGUCGCACUGGUUCUGCGUCCAAAAGCAGAAGCCGCUCCCCGGUCUCUCGUCAACACCGGGAUCGAUCGGAAUCCGGAUCUCCAGCACGACGUGUUUCAAGAAGCCGCUCCCCAAUUUUUCGCCAACGUCCUGCUCGUUCCGAAUCUGGAACGCCAGCUCGUCGCGCUACAAGAAGCCGCUCACCGGUCAAACGUCAAAGUCAUGAUAGAUCUGUAUCUUCAGUCUGUCGUGCCUCCAGAAGCCGCUCCCCACCAUCACGUGAUGCCUCCGUUGCUCCAUCUCGUGACGUUUCGCCAGACCAAUCUCGUCGCAGUUCACAAGAUGGCUCCCCACGUGACGAUUAA